ACAAAUGCGAAGAGAAGACCGAUUGUAGCAACAUUUAAAAAAACACAAUAAACAAAAAAUACGAAGAUUCUAUAUAGUCCUCGCCAUGACGGCGAAUGUGUUCUUGAAAUAUGUCGGUUGCUUUGUGUGCGGUGCCACCGCUAGCACAAUGUCCUGUGUCGCUGCUCUGAAACUUUACCAGCUGGACACAGAGGAUCCGAGGAAGACAGACAAAGCUACUCCUGUCCAGCAGGACAUUGGCCGCUACGGUUUUCCGGUGACCGGCGCGGAGGUCCGGUAUUAUGCCAACCACACGUUGUCAUACGACCAGGCCCGGAAGACCCCGCGGUGGGUGGCCGAACACCUGUCCGACCAGAAACUACUAGGCAAAGCUGACAGGAAACAGUGUAAGUUCCGGCCAGACCCCGGUAUCCCAGAAUCCUUCACUGCUCAUAAUGAUGACUACUUGGGCAGCGGAUGGUCCAGAGGUCACAUGGCUCCGGCUGGAGACAACAAGGCCUCCGUGCAGUCCAUGGCUGAGACAUUUUACUUGUCCAACAUCGUGCCUCAGAACUAUGAGAACAACGCUGGCUUCUGGAACAGGCUGGAGAUGUACUGCCGGGAUCUGACCAAGCAUUUCCAGGAUGUGUGGAUUGUCUCAGGCCCGCUGGCCCUGCCCGAAGAACAGGAUGAUGGGAAAAGGAUGGUGACAUACCAGGUUAUUGGAAGAGAUAACGUUGCCGUGCCAACCCACCUCUUCAAAGUCAUCCUCGUUGGAAACAUGAACAACACCGACCAAUCAGCAUCUAGACCCAUAGCCCUAAGUGCCUUUGUGGUCCCCAACCAUCCAAUAGGCUUUGAGCGACCCCUGAAGGACUUUGAGGUCAGCCUAUCAGAGCUGGAGACGGUGUCAGGGCUGCGCUUUUUCUUGGGGUUGGGGGCGGGGUCUCUGCCCAGCCUGUGUGAGCAGGACUCGUGUCAGCUGAUGAGCUAUACGGAGUUCCAUCUCUACCUGGCUGGCAGGAAGGUGGGCAGUGCCCGUUCCUCUGCCAAGCUGGAGCGACACAUGGCGGAGCUGCAGGAGAAGGGCAUCGCCCCUGACGACUACCUCCUCAAGCUCUACCAGAUGAAGAAGAUGGAGCUGGCCAAGCAAGAGCAGCCUGAGACAACGAAGGGCAUCUGAGGACCAAACACAGCCAGCACGACCCAUAGAGUGGAGGCUAGAUCUGCCGCUGAAGACCAAAACAUUGUAGAACUGUUUCAUUAUACUGAAAUGAUCCAUAUAUAUACAGUACCAGUCAAAGGUUUGGACACAAAUGUGUCCAAACGUUUGACUGGUACUGUAUGUUAUACUGAUAAACAGCUGUGGUGUUUGUUCUUGUCAUUAACAGCGCUGUUUACAAAAUGGAAGUAGGAUGUUUAGGAUGUCUUUACUUUGGAGCAUCUUUGAUGGUGUUCUAGAACACUCGCGGUUGUAAGAGCAGUACAAUGGUUCUCAUCUUUACUAAUGUUUUAAGGGGAUGUCUGAGGCUGUGUUCACACUUGACUUCUUUUUUCAGAAAAAAAGUGCUGCCGUCAGUGCCUUUUUACAUACAACCCUAUGGGAAAAGGAAAAAGGCGGACGCCUUUUUAAAAAGCGGUCGCCUUUUAAAAACUUCUAAAAAAGCGCAGCGCCCGACGCCUUUUUGAGUUCAAUUUUCUCAACUCUUCAAAAAAGCGCUGGGUGACGUCAAGUGCCUUUCUGACAACUGACCAAUCAGGACAAGGAGAGUAGGUACGCGUGUACCUUCCCUAGUAACCUUCUACCUUAGUUACCAGGCUAUGGCUCCACAAACGCCAAAGCUAAAGCAAGUAAUUGCAUUUUAUUCGCCAUAGUAGCUAGCUAUCAAUAAGUAACCAACAGAAAAUAACGGAUAAUAAUGUAUCGCUAGAAUGUAUGAUUCCUGUUCAGGUUUCAGAAUUCUCGUGAUGAAAUCGCUCAAAAGGUGCUCAAAAGGCGCUGAAGGCAGCGCUUUAAAAAAAAAAAAAGUCAAGUGUGAACACGGCCUGAAGCUGUAGUAAACAUUUUAUUAUGUUGACUAGAUCACUAUGUCUUGGUUUAAACAAUUGCUUCUUGUUCAGGGCACCUAAGCCCAGUCCAGGGCUGGCCAUGACGUGUGAGUGAGUGAGACUAACUAAUCUGUAUCUAUGUUGGUAAGAUGUGUGACUGGUCUGGAGUGUGUGUCCUCAGAAAAUAUCAAACCAGAAAAACACUUUCUCUGCAGGAAGUUAGAAGGAGGAAGAGAGAGCGUGGGUGAACAGGCCACCGCAGGGUUGAGUGGCACUUAUACCAAUUGUGGAUGUUUAGCUCCACUCAUGUGGGUGCACCUGGUGGUGUUUGUGGAGCAGGUGCUCUGACUAACCCUAGGCUGUAAUUAGUGUCUCCUGACUCCGUUCUCUGUCCCAGUGAUUUCCCUUUAGAACAGCGCCCCAGAAACAUGACUGCUCUCAGCUAGGCUGCUAGCACCUAGCAUGCUACUGCACAGCCCUGUGUGUGUGCACAGCGAGACCUUCCAGGGCAGCUCAUGGGUUAACUCCUCAGCUGACAUGAUGCAGCUGAAGAGGACAUGACAACACACUGUUCCCUCUGGUGGCCAGCAGGUGGCAGUACCACUCAGCUCAGUUCCCCUGCAGCUGAUGACUGGGCAAUUUAGAUGAGAUAGGGGGGUCCAAACUUCCUGGAACUCAGUAGCAGCUUCAUCUUGUUUAUAAGCUCUCUGACCAGGAGCACACACACAUACCCACACAAACACACACACACAGCAUGGAUGAAAUGGGUCCAUCAGUAUUUAUAGACUACAUGUUCGGCUUACUGGAAUCCAAAUAUCCUUUUUAGGCCACUUUUGACUUUUUCUUAUUCUUUAACUAGACUCAUCUAAAAUAGAAACAAUUAACUUCUUUAAGUGUAGGGAAGUAGACCACAGCUUAGUGGGAGAGGGAAUAACCUCUAGGACUGUCUAGCAUUCUCUCUCUCUAACCCUCUCCCUCCAUCGUAUAGCUGUCUUUGUUGUUUUCAUUGCAAUCCUCUUUCCUGGAAAUGGAUUCUGCUGCCAUGCAACCAAAGAGAGAGAAGGUAGAUUAAGGAUUUUAUAGUCACCACGGGGACCAUGCCCCUGAUAAGGGCACACUGUCAACAUGGUAUAUGUUCCUGUGAGUGUGUGUCAAGGAGACAAACAGGAGUGUUUACUCUCAGGGUGAAGUCUGUGCCUCACCCCUGGGAGAACACCGCUCACUCCUACCCCGUCCUGGGACCUCAUCAACGCCCUACUGCCAUGGUGAUGCCAUACAGUACUGAACAGGGGAGGGUAGAGCGGGAGAAACAUAUAGAUGUACACUGUGUGUGUGUGUGUACGCAUGUGUGUGCUUGUGUGUGUUGCGUGCCAUGUCACCUCUCCUCAUGCUCCUCCUUAGGGAUCUGACAGAGAUACACGGAACCUUUGUCCUCCAUCCUCAUCAUUCCUCUCUACCUCUGUGUCCUAUCAUCCCUCUAUUUCUCUCCAUCUAAUUAUCCCUUUUCCCCUCCUUCCUCUAUCCUUCCUUCCUCUAUCCCUCCAAUUCUGAUUGCAGUCAGCUGCAUUAAGCCUGAGCUUGACUUCUUUCUUUCUCUGUACGUUGCCCUUUCUCCUCUUUAUCUCUCCACCGUUCCCUGUCAGUACCUCCAGCCAUUGCCAGUCUGGGUUCAUAUUAAACCUAUUGUUGAGGUAUCCAUGGAGAUAAAACAGUAGAUUGGUGUGUAUGCAUGUUCGUGUGUAUGUGUUUUGAGAGCGAUGUUUAGACGCCUCACAUGAAAGCAAACAUGUUUUUGCUGUGUCAUCUACGCCCUGUGUAUUUGUGAGUGUGUGUGUGUGGGUCAGGAGCCACUGAUUGACAAUAAUAGGCUUAGGCAGGUAUGGAUCCCAUCUCACUUUGAUAUAAACACACAGUCCACAUAGAACCAUGCUGACACCUGCCACUGUUGUUUAUGAUAAACAAUGUAACAAGCCACUCGCUGUCACAAAGGUGAGACAGCGGUCAUACACACACACAAUGGACAUACUCAGCCACCGAUCUUCACCCUCAACAUGUGCUGCGCCAGUCUUAACUCCCUCAACACGCUCCUCAACAUACUUAACUCCCACCCCCUCAACACGCUCCUCACCAGACUUAACUCCCUCAACAUGCUCUUUACCAGACUUACAUUUACCUUAACUCCAAAUGGGGUCUACAUGCAAUAACCACACCAUAGACACAAAGCUUAUAUUAACAAGACAGUCUUAGACACACGGAAAGAGGGGUAUGACAGCGUAGAGCAAUCUAGAGAGAGGGAGAAGGAGAGAGAGGGUGAGAGAUAGUGUGAUUAUGUGUUUAUGAUGUUGGGGUCACAUGAUCUUAAUUCCUCCAUCUGUUCUAGAGCUGACCUGAUUACAGCAACCAACCCUAUCCCACUCCCUGUAGACCGAGCAGGAAUUGAAAAGUCCCUGUAGACCAGAGCCUGUUGCACCAGCUGAGCGUACAUAUCCUCUUAAUUUAGGGUUCAUAAUCCACACUAAACGAUAUGUUGAAACUAGUUAGUUUGACACUAAAUUUGUAUUGAUGUUUGUUUGCACCACGGAGACAUGAGGUUCAUAUUAGCUACACUUGCAUCAGGUCCUGGGCAAGACGUAGUAACCAAACAUAACUGGAAAGUUAAGUUCUAGCUAAGUACCUAUGGCCUUUCUCAAUACCAAGUACGUCAAGUUUGGACUUGUGUACUUGAUAGUUCGAACCCGGCAAGUUCGGAACAAACUUCCAAGGACAGGAGGAUGCAGUACGAUCAUUCCGUUCUUGCAAACUUGUUUGACGUCUUCAUUCAUUGCCCAAGUACGGUUCCAGUCCAAAGAACACAAGUCACCAAGAACGCCAAAAAUACCCGAAAGUGUUCUUGAUCCGCCCCUUUUAUCGAGAAAGCAUCGGUUUGUGACUUGGCCAGCAAGAACGCAUCUGAUAUCCCACAAGUCAUUGCGAGAUGCCAAGAGAGGUGGAAAAACUUCACAACUGUGUUUUUACUUUUCUUAUUUCAGGUGAACGGUACCUGUAAAUCAGUAUCUGAAUACAAAUGUGAUGGGAAAUGGGCAGUGUAGUAACUGAAUAUUUGCUUAUUUUAUUCAAGAAACUUCUAAUUCGCUCUGACUUUUCGAUUAGCUAGAUAGCGUUAUUCAGUUCAAUGCAGUGGAUACUCAAUAGUUAAUGUUAACCCUAAGUUAGAGGCUAGCAUGAGCCAGAGCCAUAGAAAAAGAGAGUUGCGAGACUUCCAUAGACUCCCAUUGUUAUCGAGGAAUGAUGAAGUAAAGCGUGUCACAUGCGACCUGUAGUUCCAAACAUUCCACCGUUCAACCCCAUUAAUUUUCAGUGUCUCCGAAGCAAGUUAGCUGGUAAAUUGAAGAAAAUCCUUCAUUUUUUCAUAUUUUUACCACCACAUAUCAAUUGUUAUUAGUAGUAUUUCAUAUAGCUAGCUUUAGAUAAAGUUUAUCGUAAGAUUAUAGCUUGUUUGAUUCGAAACGCAGUUAGAGCUAGACUGUAGGUCUAGCUAGUAUAUAAGCAACACUUUUACUGAAGCUAGCUAGAGAGCAUGUGUAUCAUAACCAGAAGUCAGUUGGCUUAUAGUCUGUCAAAUUAGUUCUAAUUAUUGGCGUUCGUUGGCAUACAAAGUAAGUCUUCUAUAUAUAUCUCUUAUUAGCGUAGUUAGUAGAGCUAGCAACAAUGAAUUGCUAAUUAAGUGGUCAGAAGCAAGUUAGCUGGUAAAUUCACGAAAAUCCUGAAUUUUUUCAUAUUUUGACCACCACAUAUCAAUUGUUAUUAGUAGUAUUUUAUAUAGCCAGCUUAAGUUAAAGUUUAUCGUAAGCUUGUUAGAUUCUAAAUGCAGUUGGAGCUAGACUGUAGGUCUACGUAAGCAACACUUACUCUAGCUAACUGUACGUGUAUCAUAGCCAGAAGAUCACCGGAUCACUACAAACAAAAGGAGUGGAAGA